GUCUCCACUGGUCCUCGAUUCCUCUUGGCGCGCUGUUGGAUUAGGGUUUCGAUAACCAAUUGCAGUUGUUCGAUACAAGAAGCUCGGAAGGAACAACGGUGGUGUCGUCGAAGAUGUGGCACGAGGCUCGGAGAUCGGAGAGGAAGGUGCAUGACAUGAUGGAUGCAGCUCGGAAGAGAGCGCAGAGGAGGGCUAUCUUCUUGGCGAAGAGGCGCGGUGAUCCUCAGCAAUCAAUUCAGCUCAUCGGAUCUCGCUGCCGCAUCCAUCGCGAUGAUGCUCUUUACCAUGCCACCCAGGACGAGCAAGGCUUGAUUCCUUGGAAUGGGAAACAGGAUGUUUUGAUUGACAGAUUUGAUGGACGUGCUCUUCUUGAUUUUAUAAGGGAGUCUGGGUCCCGACGUUUUCGAGCUGAGGAAAAUUCAGAAGAAGAUGAAGAACUAGACGAGUUUGUUAAUUUUGAGCGUUACCGGGAUUUAAUUAAGCAUCGACGUAGAGGAUUUACGGAUGAGGAGGGUUUGCAACAUGUGAACCAAGAGAUGGAGACAAAAGCUAUUGCACCAUUUAUUUCUAACAGUAGAUCUCAGCCAGCACAACCUGCAAGCAAGGGUUUAUAUUCACAGGUUGGAUUCUCCUAUGAUGGAAAUGGAAAAGAGGAAACACAAGUUUCAGAUGCUGAGGAUGAUGAGGACGAUGAUGGUGAUGAGGAGGACGAUGAAGAUGAGUUCAACAGUGAUGAUAGCAAUGAUGAAGGAAUGGAUAUAAUAGCAAAAGAUUAUGGUAUAAAAAGGUAUGGUUGGCUUGUUUACAUGGAGAAAAAGGCAAAAGAGGAGGAGAAAAGACAGAAGGAAAUGAUUAAGGGUGAUCCCUCAAUUAGGAAACUAAGCCGCAAGGAAAGAAGAAAAGCCUCUCAAAUAGAUAGGGAGAGAGAAAGAGAAGCUGCUCGAAUAACUGGAACACGACCACUUCAUAAUGAUCCAUAUCGUGAGUCUAGGCGAAGUCCAACUUACGAGGCUUAUCCACGUUCAAGGAGGUCAAGAUCCAGAUCACGUUCAUACUCCCCGUCAUACUCAAGACGUCAUGGUCGUGGAGGGUAUUCUGAUGAUGCUCACAGAAGUAAACCAAAGACUCCUAAAAUUGAGUAUAUUACUGAGUUUGGGGGUUCUGGCGCUGGGGAAGGACCAAAGCUUGAACGGUUUUCUCCACCACCAUCUCCACGAUCCCAGGCUGAUAUAUUGAACCGGUCGGAGCACUCAACCUUUAAUUCUUGCAAAGAUAAAUUGGACAGUCUUUACUCUGCUCCAGCUUAUGCCCAUUUUGUUGCCUGAGGGAAAGUUUUGUGGUUUAGAAUAGAUCAGGCCUAGGUUAUCAGCAUAACUAGCAACAGGGAGUGGGAAGGAAGUUUCUCUUUUUGAAGCUUAUUUUCCCUGAAAUGGAACUUACAUGAAUCAAAUGCCUUCCAAGUUGCUUGCAACCAUGAAAUGGGCCAUCUCUAAAACUUUAUGUUUCCUGCAGGCCGUCAUCUGGUCGCAUUCUUGAAGCACUGCAUGUUGAUCCUGCUUCUGGUGUAUCUCUGGAUAAAGACAAGAGCAACAAAGUAUUGAAACAAGCAGUAAGCACAUCGUCAACAUUAGUGAAGUUGUCUAAAGCAAGCUCUUCUGGGGCUCCCUUCAAACAGCCACAAGGGGAGAAGAAAGAAACUCCUCAGGAACGAUUGAAAAGGAUUAUGAAUAAACAGUUAAACAAACAGAGUAUGCCUUAAAUGAUAUUUGAUUUAGUUCUGAAGCUGUUCGUCCAACAAUUUGUCUUCAUUGCUACUGCAGUCUCAGAGAAAAUUAGAUCAUCUUCUUCUACUCACUAUUUUAUUUUUUUUUUUUUGAGGGGGUUGUGCUUUUCAUAUUUAGGACUUAUCUAAUUAAUUUUUCUGCAGUAAAAAAGGAUACUGCUGCUGAGAUGGCCAAGAAAAGAGAGCAAGAGCGCCAAAGACUGGAAAAACUUGCAGAAACAAGCCGAUUAGGUCGUAACCAGCAUCGCAGCCGCAGCAGGAGCAACAGUCGCUCUCCUCCUAGAAGAUACAGGAAAAGCAGAAGCCCACGUAGGAGUAGGACUCGAAGAUACUAUUCUCAUUCUCGUUCUGGUUCCCGUUCACGUUCUCAUUCGCGGUCCCACUCUCAUUCUCGUUCCCGUUCACGAUCUUAUUCGCGCUCACCUAGGGUGAGAAGCCGAUCCAGACACUGAUGGAUAAUUUAUAUUGCCACAAAGAUUGCAGGCAGGUCCUUCCCCACCUGCGUGCAAGCUUUUGUGAUUUGCUUGCAACAUCCAGUCUAGCUCUACUAAAAUAUUGAGGGCGAGGGGUUCUAGUUGUUAGUAAUGUCCGGUUGUAAUAUUGUAAAUGAAAUUUUAAAUUUUCUUGUAUCUUGAAAAGAAUUUCAUCCUUAAUAUGAUAAUACCCUUCAUCUUUGGUAUU